AUGGAGCCUCGACCGGACAUUCCAGAGGCGGACAUUGUCAUCAUGCAAGAGACCAAGAUCCAGCGCAAGGAUUUGCGCGACGAUAUGGUGCUCGUUCCGGGAUGGGAUGUGUACUUCAGUCUUCCCAAGCACAAGAAAGGAUACUCUGGCGUCGCUAUCUACACAAGGAACUCAAAAUGCGCACCGAUCCGCGCCGAGGAAGGCGUCACGGGCAUCCUGUGUCCCCCCAAUUCAACCACCAAGUUUCGCGAGCUCCCCGAGGACCAGCAAAUCGGCGGGUACCCACAUCCCGGCCAGCUCUCAAGUAGCAUCGACGAAGCCACCCUCGACUCGGAGGGUCGCUGUGUCAUCCUCGAGUUCCCGGCCUUUGUCCUCUUCGGCGUGUACAGCCCAGCCACCAGAGACGAGACCAGGACCGAGUUCCGGCUCGGCUUCAUCGAGGCGCUCGACGCCCGAAUACGCAACCUCGUCGCCAUGGGCAAGCAGGUCAUCCUGACGGGAGACCUCAACAUCAUCCGCGACCAAAGAGACACGGCUGGCCUCGCCGAGCAGCUCCGCAAGGAAGGCGUGACGCUCGACGAUUUUCUCUCGACGCCGGCGCGGCGAUUUUUUAACCAUCUGGUGUUUGGCGGCAAAGUCAUGGGAGAGCGCGACGAGGGCCGCGAGAAGCCCGUCAUGUGGGAUCUCUGCCGAGAGUUCCACCCGUCGAGGGAGGGCAUGUACACGUGCUGGGACACGAAGAAGAACUGCCGCCCUGGGAACUUUGGGAGCCGCAUCGACUACGUCGUCUGCACCGACGGAAUCAAGGACUGGUUCGUCGACUCGAACAUCCAGGAGGGCUUGCUGGGGUCGGACCACUGCCCGGUCUACGCCACGCUGGGAGAUGUCGUGAAGCAUGACGGGAAGGACAUCCACAUCGAGGACCUGAUGAACCCAGCAGGCAUGUUUGAGAACGGACAGCGCCUGCGAGACUGGACCGUCAAGGAUCUGCUCCCCUUGUCUGCCAAGCUCAUUCCCGAGUUCGAUCGCCGCCGAAGCAUCAAAGACAUGUUUUUCAAAAAGCCCAGCUCAUCGACGAACUCAUCCACAGCCAAAGCGCCCACAAUAAAGCCCGUCAACAAUAACGGCAGUUCCUCGACGUCGAGUUCGAAAUCCCAAGAACUCCCCGAAGACACCGUCAAGACUGAGACUCCUCCCCCGACGCCCUCGCUUUCGCAGACCUCGACACAAACAAGCCCCCAGAAACGCCAGCUGGCUCGCAGCGAGUCGGCCAGUCGGCCCCAGAAAAAGAGCAAAGCAGCCUCGGGAAGGGAAACAUCAAACAAGACCACUCCUGGCCCCGGCCAAAGCAGCCUGACUGGCUUCUUCAAGCCCAAGUCCUCGACGGUCGAGGCCAGCGCUGCUUCCAGCAACCCUGGCAAGAACUCGCCCGCUCUUGCUCUUCCCUCCGAAGCAACCACCGUCCCGCCGAGCCUCCGCAGCGAAUCUCUCGAUCCGGAGCAACCCCCAGAAAUCGCACAAGAAGAAUCGCCGCUACGCACACCAGCGAGUGCCUCGGCAGACAAGGAGGUCUUUGACCCCAUACAGAAUAAGGAGUCUUGGUCGAGGCUGCUCGGCAAGCGGGUGCCUCCAAAGUGUGAGCACGGCGAGCCCUGCAUGAGCCUCGUCACCAAGAAGCCUGGCGUCAACUGCGGCAGAUCGUUCUACAUUUGUCGACGGCCGCUCGGCCCAUCGGGCCAGAAGGAAACGGGCACGCAGUGGCGAUGCGGCACAUUCAUAUGGAGCAGUGACUGGACUGGAGGGCAGCAGUGA